GCGAAAGGUCGCGGCGAUGAGCACGGACGACGACGGCGACGUGGACUUUGACGCUGCGUUCGACGACCUCUUCUUCUCGGAGCCAGCGCCGAAGGCGGUCGUCAAGACACCGGAGCGGAGCAUCUUGGCCUCGAACGACGAAUGGCGGGUGCCUCCAGUUGCAGCAGCACCGGUCGCCGCACCAACACUGGUGGCAGACGCUGGCAACCCGUUCGCGUCGCUACCGCCCGCCAAGCCGCCGAUGCCUCCGGCGAUAGCGGAACCGACGUUGGCGCCGCCACCGCCAGUGCAACCUACAGCUACUGCCGCGCGCUACACGACGCUGCCAAGCGUCCGCGACCUGCCGCCCGGCGACGCCGUCACGACCGUCAGUGUCACUGACGACGGCGAGCACGAGUGGGACCAUCUCGUGUCACAGAAGGGCGUGCUAGCGACGGUCCACGAGGUCGACGAGACCAAGCCCCGAUACGUCCGGAAGAGCCUCUCGUCCGUGCCGGAGCAGCACAAGAGCCUCGGUGAGUCGCAACGCCAAGCGCUUUGGCACACGCUGCAUGCCAACGGCAGCGUCGCGGCGAUGAGCAUCGCGCCGGUGAAGCGCGUGUCGCUGCCGACGGCCCACAUCGUCCACGAACCGCGCAAGGGCGAGACUCUCCUGCACACGAUCGACCUCAAGCUCGCGUCCUUUGCGUCCUACUUGGGGGAGACCAAGACGCUCAAGGCCGAGCUCGAAGCCGCGCACUUGGCCAACGCCGCGUAUGCAACCAAAGUGGCCCAUCUUGAAGAGUCGGUCGCCGCACACGCGGCCAACGAGACGCAGCUGCGCGCGUACAUUCAGGCGCUCGAAAGUAGCGUCGGAGCAAUCCAGGACUCGGCGGCGGCGAUGGAGGCGAGCCAAUCGCAGCUGCUGCAGGCCCAAGCGCACUGGACCAAGCAGCGGCGCCAACUACAAACGCGGGCGCUUCGCCGCAUCUUGGACCAUGCUACGACCUCGGUGCUCCGACGGGCGUUUGCGCAUUUGGUGACGGCGGUACGUCGGCGGCAAGCGCGCAUGGGACUCGCAACCAACAAGAUGGCCAUGAUCCUCUUGGCCCACGCAGAGAAGCGGCACAGCAUGGACCGAGGCCUGCACUGUCUACGCAGUUCGGGACAGCUCCAGGCCGGCGAGCACCGCGCGGCCAUGGCGACGACAAUGGUCAAGGAGUACCGACGCCACGCCCGUGAGACGUCGCUGCAGUGCAUGCUUCUCCUUAUGGAAGCGCACUCCACAAAGUGGCGGAUGCAGACCCUGGAUAUGUCGUUUCGGCGGUGGCGGGCGGAAAGCCACCACGUUACGGUCCGGAACCGCCAUCGCCGCCACGCAUUGCGCCGACUCGAUCGGUGGAUGCAACUGCGCGGCCUCGACUCGACCCGGCGGGCGCUGACCACGUGGCGGGGCGCGACGCAGGGCGAUGUGCUGCAGUCGGCCAUCGCGACAGCGUCGGCUCAAGUGCAAGAGCUCCACGAAGCGAAGGAGUGCGUCUUUGCGCUCUCUCGGCAAAAGGCCAAGAUCGAAGAGUCGACGCGGCAGCUUGAGCACCGCUCAGCAAAGCAUGGGUUUGUGGCGUACGUUAUGCGUCAGAUCGAUCGGGCGACCGGCAUUCGCCGCUGGUUGCUCCAGUGGCGGGCAGCAGCUACGCUGUCAAAAGCCACCAAGUGGCUCGACGCCCGGGUCACCACGCUCGAGGCCGCCCUUGACGACCAGACCAAGUUUGCCAAGUCCCUCGACCAGUACAACAAGGUGCUACUGGCGGACGUCGAGCGGUACCAGUUCGUCACGCAUGACACACGUAUCGCAGUCGAGGCACUCUCCAAGAAGCUCCUUCGGGAAGAGGCGCGCGUGGCGGAAAUCGAAGCUGCAAAUGCGUCGCUCGCGACGCAUCUCACGGCACUGUGCACCGUCGACGCGGCGUGGGCGCUUCCGCACAGCCUCGUACAGCUCGGUAAGGACCUCGUCGUCGAUCGGCUCACGCAGCUCUUCGGCAUUCAUGCCGACGCACCCACGAACGACGGCUGGACGCCGCGGAUGUCACUCGGCAGCUGCUACGAGCUCGUGCAGUCGACGCUCGCACCGGCGGGCGCCGUCACCGACACCCUCGACGUCCUCGCGCCACUCGGAAGCUACUUUUCGGCGGCCCCGCUGACGCUGCCAGCGUUUGUCAAUGGUCUCCACGACUAUUUAGAGGCGAUGCGAAACGAGGCGGCCGACCCGGCACUGCAAGCCCACCUUGACGGCUUUUGGCGGCACUUGCUGGCACCGGAUGAGAAUCCCGAGCCGUCGUGGGCGCGGCAGAACAAGCUCAGCGAUGACAUUUUACAAAACCAAGAAAAGCUCCUCGCCGUCCUCGAACACGAGACCGCCGUCGUCGAGCGCGCAGUCCUCGAGAAAGCCAGUCUCAAGCACGCGUACCCCAGCGAGGCCGUGCCCCAAAUCGACCUCCCGCCGACCGACCCGAGCAUCGCCUGGUACGAUUUGCCGCAGGUGGGCGACCUCAUCUUGGCCUACGAGCGCCCGCUGGUGGCCCUCUUCGUCAAGUAUGCAACGCAUCACCUAAACUCGCCUACGCCGGCGCCAGCGCCGCACUGGAGGCCCCUCGAACGACAACUGCAGGCGACGUUGGCCGCGACGCAGCCGCACGCUGUUGCGAUGCACCUUCAAGGCGCGCUCCAGUGUUUUCAAGACCUCAAGCUCGUACCGAGUGCGUUUACGUCGGAAGUUGUCGCCGAGGCGUUUGGGGUCGUGACGCAGCACAACGAAAAGGUGCUGACGCUCCCCGGGUUCAUCCAGGUGUUUGGCGCGUGCGUCUUGCACUCGUACGCGGUGUGCCAAACACCCAUGUCGGUGCGCGAGAAGCUGCAAAAAGCGUGGUACGACGUCGACUGGGGCCGAUUCCAGGUCGGCGGCCGGCGCCAAAAGCCCAUUUACGUCGGCACCGACGUCGAGACGGUCCUCUGGCCGCUCUUUGAUUACUUUGCGACCGGUGGCGACGCUGGCGACGACGGUCGCAUCAGCCUCACGGUCGCCAAGUUUUGCCGCUUCCUCACCGAGAUUGCGGGUCUCGACAAGGAGUCGUGCCGCACCGACGGCGAGCUCAUGUUUCGCAAGGCGGUCCGCGGCAGCACCGCCGCGUCCCGCAUGGUCUUUGACGAGUUCUACCUCGGGAUCUACUACAUGCACCAGCUCAAGGACACGACGCGCCGGUACGAGUCGGCCGGUGACGCGCUGCAGGAGUGGAUGGCCCAGCUCUAA